UUUUGAUAUGGUGCAUUUUGGACAUGCUAAUGCCAUUCGACAGGGUAAAGAAUUUGGUGAUAAACUGUUGGUUGGCGUUCAUUCCGAUGAGGAGGUGACGAAGCAUAAGGGACCACCAGUAUACACUGAACAAGAACGCUACAAAAUGGUUAGAGCAAUAAAGUGGGUGGAUGAGGUGAUUGAAGAUGCCCCUUAUGUCACAACACUAGAGACUCUUGAUAAGUAUGGCUGUGACUUCUGUGUUCAUGGAGAUGACAUUACUACAACAGCAGAUGGGGUGGAUACAUAUCAUCUUGUGAAAGCUGCAAACAGAUACAAGGAGUGUAAGCGGACAGCUGGUGUGUCAACAACUGACCUCGUUGGAAGGAUGUUGUUGGUGACAAAAACUCACCAUCAGAGAGAUGAGGAAGCUAUUGAUGAACAUCAUGUUGGUGCCAUCAGCAAGGGUCCGACCACCCGCAGUCCUUGGACUGGAGUCUCCCAGUUUCUGACAACAACCAAGAAGAUCAUUCAGUUCUCCGAGGGCAUUGAACCAAAACCAGGAGACAAGAUAGUAUAUGUAGCCGGAGCUUUUGAUUUGUUUCAUGUUGGGCAUGUUGACUUCUUGGAGAAGGCAGCUGCACAAGGUGACUUCCUUAUUGUUGGUCUUCACACUGAUCCUGUUGUAAACAGGUACAAGGGGUCCAACUAUCCCAUCAUGAACCUCCACGAGAGAACGCUGAGUGUGCUUGCUUGCAGGUAUGUCUCGGAGGUUGUGAUUGGUGCUCCUUACUCUGUGACCCCUGACCUCAUGGAGCAUUUCAAGGUGGAUCUUGUUUGUCACGGAAUGACUCCAGUUAUGCCUGAUGUCGAUGGCUCUGAUCCGUAUGCAGAACCCAAGCGCCUUGGCAAGUUCAUGACAAUUGACAGUAAAAAUGAUCUGACAACACAGAUGAUUAUCGAAAGAAUCAUCAAACACAGGUUGGAGUAUGAGGAAAGAAACAGGAGAAAAGAGGAAAAAGAGUUGAAAAUCAUGGAAAACCUGAAGAAUGUGGCCAAAAAUAAUGCUAGUUAA